GGGCGGGAUCGGCCCCCGCAGCACCCCUCCGCAUCUCCCGCCCGGGUUCCAACAGAGACGCCAUGGCGGAGAAGCCGGAAGACUUGAACCUGCCCAACGCCGUCAUCACCAGGAUCAUCAAGGAGGCGCUCCCCGACGGCGUCAACAUCUCCAAAGAAGCCCGGAGUGCCAUCAGUCGGGCAGCCAGUGUGUUCGUGCUCUAUGCGACGUCUUGUGCAAACAAUUUUGCAAUGAAAGGGAAACGGAAGACCCUAAAUGCAGGUGAUGUGCUCUCAGCCAUGGAAGAAAUGGAGUUCCAGCGGUUUAUGUCUCCUUUGAAAGAAGCUCUAGAAGCGUACCGGCGAGAGCAGAAAGGUAAAAAGGAAGCUUCUGAGCAAAAGAAGAAGGACAAGGACAAAAAGUUGGACUCCGAAGAACAAGACAAGAACCGGGAGGAGGACAACGAUGAGGAUGAUGAGAGAAUGGAGGAAGAAGAACAGAAUGAUGAUGAUGAAGUAGACAAUUGACCUGGAUAGGGAAAAGGGUAGUAGACAGCUUGUGGUCAGCUUCUACUCUCCCUCCAUUGCUCAUUGCCCCUGGGCUAUGAUUGUUCUGGUACUGGACAGCAUGAGAAACCCCAGAAGAACUCUUUGAAAUUGCCCCAGCACCAGAACACCCACCCCACUGCCCCUCCUACCCCCUGGUUGGGGACCCCUUAAGCCCUGAUUUGCAUAACCCAGUGAUUCUCUUUGACUCUCUGGAUUCUGACCUGCUACUAAAAUUGCCUAGCCCAAUCUUUCCAGUUUGGCAGGAAUAUAUAUAGCCAUCCCAUCUAUCCUAUUUCCCUCCUGUGUCACCUGAGUCACCCAAGCCUCUGAAAGAAAUGCUGGCUCUAUGCAGGGAGCGCUUAUGAAAGAAAGGGCCUGGAGAACUGGAUUCAGGUCACCAGAUAGGUUUGGGGGAAGAAUGAGGUUCUCUUGGCUGUUGCCUGGACUCAUUUAAAAAUCUCUCAGCAAAGCCCUGCUUUUUGUUCUUGCAGUUCUCUUCUAGAUUUUUAGGGUUGAGGAUUCCAUUGCUGGUUGGCAUAGUCAUCUUUCCCAGCCCAUACUUUCCCACUUUGCACCCCUUUUCCAUUUACUCUGCUGCCCAAGGGUCAAAUGUUAAAUGGUCAUCCUAACAUCAAAAAGUAAUUUUAGUGUUCGAUUCCUUUUCCCCUUCUGCCUCCUUUUCAGAGUGUGUGUAGCACCAUUUGUGUGCUUCUAAUGUAAGGCUUGGAAACAGACCCAAGCUUUCCAUACUAUACAAUAGGACCUGGCGUCCCCAUCUUCUGCUUCCUACCUUCCCUUAUUGAGUAAACUCUCCGUUCAUUUUUUCCUUGGUACACUUCCCAGGCUAAUGGGUAAGAGAAACUCGUGCUCCUACCCCAGAUCGUCUCAUCUGUCUAGGCUCACCCUUGUAAAGGGGAGGCUCAGCAAGCCACAUUGGAGGCCGUAUUCGUAACUGCACCCAGAAGCCUUUUUACCCAGAUGAUUGUGUGAGUAGGGCGGUCCUGCUCAAGGGCCAGAAACCACAUCCCAGAGAUUCCUAGACAGAUAUGCUCUUUAAGUGUGAACCAGGGCACACGGGCAGAUGUGCAGUCAUGCUGGAUGUGGUAGUAGUAAUAUUUAUUAAAUGCUUACUCCUUGCAGAGCACCAUGCUAAGUUCUUGGAAAAAAAAAUACGCAGGUGGGAAGUAAACGUAGUCCCUGCCCCUCGAGGGGUGUCAGAGGGCUUGUGCACAGAAGGGGAGCAAUUGUCUCACCUAUCUCCAUCCUAUCUCCUAGAACUCAUUUCUUCCUCUAGGCCCCCAGUGCCCUCACUUUCUAUUAAGAAAUUACACUGUUUCCUUUGUUUCCCAAGACUCAUCCUGUUUAGUCCCGGAAAGCCAGAGUUUAUCCAGUAGUUUGAUUCCACUCAUGCCUUUGAAAACACAGCAUGGAAAACCACCACAACUUAAGCCAAAUUUGAUGGUGUUCGGGGAAUCUCAUUUCCCAGAGUAAGUUCCCUUCCUCUUGCUGCUUUGUAAAGUUUCUGGGAUGUAAAUCUUUGGUUGCUUUUGACUUUCCAUACAAUUAUCCCCGAGCAGUGUUCAUAUCAGUUUUGGAGUUAUUCCCAGAAGACCACAGCUAGACUGUUGCUUUGUUUAGGAAAGAGACUCACAGUUGUAAAUACAUUCCAGUUCCCAUGUGCCACUUGUAAAACUAGGUAGGAACCUGGGACUAAAAAUGCCUGGAUCCUAAUUCCAGCUGCAGUAGAUAUUCCUGCCCAGUCUCCUGUAUUUCCUGAGUUGCCUUUUCCCCUCUGGCAAGAGUAUAGUAAAGAGAUAUAAAGUUUUGGCAUAAUGUUCACUUAUUCUCCAAUGGUAAGAUGGAAGAAUCUCAUUUUUACCCUAUGUUCUGAUGAUAGUAAUUUGUUUUUUUUAUAUAAAUAAAAAUCUAAUAAAAACUUAACAUUUGCCCUAAA